AUGUCUGGCGUUCAAUGGCUAAAACUGCUGGGUGCUGUGACAUGGCUGGUUGUGGUCUAUCCGUUGUAUGACUUCGCCAAUCAGCUGCUGUAUGAUCAUUUUGCAUCAGAGGUUGACGGGGUCAAAUUCUUGGACCGUAAUGCUCUAUGGCUGGACGUGGUCUUGAAGCUCUUCUUCUUCGCUACUGUCUGGCAGGCCGCCAUGGAUGCACUCAUUCUUGUACAAGAAGGCAGCAAUCGUGUGGCGAGGGAAGCUCUCAUGCUUGGUCCAGACAGAUACGAGGAGCUUUACUUUUACUUCACGACUUUGGGCAAGGAUGUUUUCUUCCCUGGACUUGUGCAGGGCGGCGCGAUGGACACGUCCCAGCUCGAGGCUCUCGUUUCUAAAGAUUUGACGAUGCGUGGCCUCUCCAUGCUGGCACUGCUGAUUCGGAUGUUCAUCACCACAGGAGGAAUGUAUCUAAACUUGAAGUCAUUGCCGCCACGCCAUCCGCAAGAGCCACUCAAUCAGAUGAGAUAUUACAUGGCCUAUUUCGAGCUGAUUGCGCUGGGAUGGUUUUGGAGUGUUCUCGUCUACAGGUUGAUGAUGUGGACACAGACUCCCAACCUUUCAUACAUGGGCCUGAUUCUCGCCAAUGCUGCCGAAGACAUUGCGAGCUGGUCGUCCAUGCAGCUGCUGCGCAAUAUCUCGCUGUCCCGACUCUCCCAGCGCGUUACGCGGGUGACGAAGGAAUGCAAGCUGUUCUUUAACCCGAAGAUGCAGUACGUCAUGGCCCCGUUCGAGGCUCUCGGGUACAUAGCUGCAGGCGCCUUUGGCAUCGUUGUGCUCGCCAUCAAAACGACCCAAAUCGAGUUCGUCUCGAAGACGCUUGCUAAUGACUACUCCUUGCAACAGUGGUUCAGACUGAUCAGCUUUGCCAUGUCGAUGGUGUCGAUAUUCAAUUUGGACGAAGAGAGUCGGUUUGCGGUGCAAAGAUUUCUGCUGCAUCCGUUCGAAAAUAUCUGCACAGGAAGUCAGAUGCCUUCUCCGGUGUUCCUGGCUUGGGAGCAGAAGCUGGCUGCUGAGAUCUCAGCCAAGAAGGGCUUCUGGGCAGGCUUCGUCUUUAUGGCCACUUUGAAGGCUGAAGACUACCAGAAGCUGCUUCUGCCCCGAAUGGAUGAGGAAGCACCGCCGAAGCUUCUGCAUGACCUGCUGACUACCAACUUGCUGAGCAAAGAGCGUGGACGGCAAGCACUUGAGUUGGGCAUGAGGAAGGCGGACGUGGAAGAGCUACAGAAGUGGGCGGCUAGCGAAACGUCGCCUGCAACGUACUUCGCCACACGCCCGCCGGACCAUAUUCCACUCAUGCCACUCAGCAUCUAG